AUGACCCUUCUGGCCGUGAUCCCCCCGAAGGCUGGGAGCCACGCCCCCAUCGCAGUUGCUCUGCCCGAUCCUCCGGCCAGCGAAGCCUUUACUGAAGGCCAAUGGACCUCGUUGCUGGCUAUUAUGGACACUGUGGUCCCGUCGGUUCGAAGAGACGCAGUGGCUACCGAUAAGAUUAAUCAACACGCUAUCUCGGACGUAGAGUAUGCCAAGGCGGCGGAGCAUCUGCAGGGAAAUGUCUCGCAGGCUUCGGGCACGGCAGCUCUGGAUGCGUAUCUAGAAGAGCGGCCGUCUGAUAACCCCCAGUUCUGCGAGCUGUUGAUGAGGACGCUGGUGGUGUUCACUAGCGAGACCGCGAGGAAGAGACUCUCGCUGGUCUUAUCUGCCUUGGACACCCGUGUCGGCUCCCUCAUCCUCACCGGUUCUCCAACUCCUUUCACCCAGCAGCCCCUCGCUGUACGCGAGCUUAUCCUCCAGCGCUGGCGCCUCUCCUACAUCCCCGCUCUGAACGGCUUCUACAAGCAGAUGACAGUUGCGGCCAAGAACCUGUGGAUCAAGACUAGCCCUAGCUUCUACCAUCUGUCUGGAUUCCCACAGUUUCCUCCCGAAAUGGAGCGCGGAAAGCUCUUCCCAUAUGAGUUUCUAAAGUUUACUGCCAACCCAGAGCCCGAAGUCAUCGAGACAGACAUCGUGGUUGUGGGUUCGGGAUGCGGUGGCGGAGUAUGCGCGAAGAAUUUGGCAGAGGCGGGACUUCAGGUUCUGGUGGUGGACAGAGCGUACUUCUACCCUACAGAGACCUUCCCCAUGAGUGAGGAGGCGGGAAUGGUGAAUAUGUUUGAUAAUGGGGGUUCGACUUUCAGCGACGACGGAUCAAUUGCGGUAGUAUCGGGCAGCACCUGGGGAGGCGGUGGGACUGUUAACUGGUCAGCGGCUCUACAGACUCAGGGCUUCGUACGCAAAGAGUGGGCGCAGGACCGAGGGCUGACCUUCUUUGAGACGUCUGAGUUCCAGAAUUGCCUGGACCGCGUGUGCUAUCAGAUGGGCGUCUCGGCAGAGCAUAUAAGACAUAACCACGGCAACAACGUCCUCCUGGAUGGGGCCAGGAAGAUGGGAUACGCGGGUAAAGCGGUGCCACAGAACACAGGCAAUAAAGAGCACUACUGCGGCCACUGUUCGUUGGGUUGCGCCGCGGCUGAGAAGCAGGGCCCGACUGUCGCGUGGCUCCCGGACGCUGCUCGAGCCGGUGCUAAGUUUAUUGAAGGCUUUACCGCACACCAUGUAUUGUUCGACGAGUCAAGUGGUCAGAAGACGGCGGUGGGAGUCGAGGGGACGUGGGUCUCGAGAAAUAGCCGUGGGGGGGUCGACGGACAGGAGCCUGAUCGCACAGUCAGAAAGGUCAUCGUCAAGGCCAAGAAGGUCAUCGUCUCAUGUGGGGCGCUAUGGAGUCCGAUCCUGUUGCUCCAGAGCGGUCUGAAGAACCGACAUAUCGGCCGAAAUCUAUAUCUUCAUCCCGUAAACAUUAUAAGCGGCCUCUUCAAAGAGGAUGUACGGCCGUGGGAAGGUGGUAUUCUCACAUCGGUCGUCUCUUCCUUUGAGGACCUCGAUGGCCACGGUCAUGGCGCCAAGCUAGAAGCUAUGCUCAUGAUCCCAUCCCUCGCCAUGAGCAUGUCAAACGUCACCGUAGGCCUCGACUUCAAGAAGCUCGCCCUCAAAUUCCGCCACACUAACAGCUGGAUCUCUCUUGCCCGGGACCGCGAUUCUGGCCGCGUCUACCCCGACCCUAACACCGGCGGCAUCCGCAUCGAAUAUACACCUAGCGCCUUUGACCGCCAGCACAUCUUGACCGGCUGUGUCGCCCUCGCGAAGAUCGCGUACACCGAAGGUGCUAUCGAGAUCCACACCAGUAUCCCUAGUGUCGCCCCGUUCAUCCGCAACGCAGACGAGGCUUCCAUCCCCUCCACCAAACCCGAGGAGAUAGACCCCGGCGUCUCUGACCCGCGCUUUCAAGCCUGGCUUAAGGAGCUCUGGCGUGCCGACAACAAGCCCCCAGGUGCUGGAUUCGCGUCCGCGCAUCAGAUGGGCACAAACCGCAUGUCCAUACGCGAGAGCGACGGAGUUGUGGAUCCCAAAGGCAAGGUCUGGGGAACUGAAGGGCUAUAUGUCAGCGAUGCGAGUGUUUUCCCAAGUGCCAGUGGUGUCAAUCCCAUGGUGACGAUCAUGGCUAUCAGUGACUGGAUCUCCAGAAACAUGAGCAAUGAGCUUAGGAGCGCGGACGGUAAGUUGGCAAGGCUGUAG